GACUUCUCGGUGCCCGUCGGGCUUGCUGCAGGACCGGCAGAGGGGAUGAGCACCCGGUGCGGCCCAGUGACCCCGACAGAGGACUAGCGGCGUAGCGCAGACAUCCGCCACCUGGCCCCCGGGAGGGAAAUCGGGCAUUUAAUCCUCAAAAGCUUUGCGAAGCCCAGCAGAACUCAGGGAGCUCCGUCCUCACCUAAAUGAUGGGGGUGACCGUGGGGGUGGGGAAGUUGAUUAGGGCACCGCGGGCCUCCCGGCUCCUAAUCGCUCUGAGCCAGUAUUAGCGCGCCCAGCCCCCAGCGGGUACGUCUGUAAACAGUGCCGGGAUGCCAGGGAUGGGGGAGGGAAAGCGAAUGGCUCAGCCUGGAGGGCUUCGCGGAAUCGGGCGAUUCCUGACUCCCAGGGGUUACCCUCACAGCCCGAUUCCUCGGAAGCGCGCACCGUUGCGGCGCCGUCCAGCCGCCGACCCCAGAGCAGACUCAUGGGGCCGGGGCGCUUGCUGGCUCUAACGGGGAAAGGGGUAGGCGAAGGGGGGCAGUGUGUCCGCCGCGUGCUCCAGGCUCCAGGGACGGUUGUCGGCGAAGCAGGGGCGAGCUGGGUGCCUUUGAACUGCUUUCCCCCAGAGACUGGGCGUGGCCGCCCCGGGGCCACAGGAGCUGUAACGACCUGCCGUGAAGCCCUGAGAAGGGGCUGGAGAAACCACCUCUCAGGGCAGAACUCUCCCCCGAGCCCGGGUAGCCGCCCUCCUCCCUACCUUGCGCUUCCAUCUGAGCCCACCAGGGCGGCGAAACGCUGGCACGACCCCAGCUCCAUUCCCCAGGGAGGCGCCUGGGCCCCCGCGGAUUCGCACCUCUCCCAACACAAUCCGCGCUCAAACCGUGCGGCCACCCCGGGCCCGGGUCGCAGCGCAGAGAGCACGACAGACUUCACCGAGGGUCGGAGGGCCUGGGACCCGGGAGCCUCGUGGGCGCCUCCGCCGGAAGACGCGGGAGAGCCGGGAGGCCCGCACUGCCGCGUCACCCCCCGAAGGCCAAGGCCAAACGUACCAAGCAGCGCCCGCCUGCCCGGCAGCCCCGCCGCACCUCGGGUUCUAGUACUGCUCGCCCUGGGGCGCCCGCCUCCACCUUCUCUUGCUCGCCGGGCACUGCCUCCGCCCGGCCCCGCCCCGGACACUCACCUGCGCUGGCUCCGGGCUGUGCGCACCGCCGCCCCCAGCCCCGCGCCGAUUCCACUCGAGAGAAACGAGGCAAAAAGGGACCUGGUUUGGAGCGGGCCGGAUGGACGGUACCUGAGGCGCGCCCGGCCGGGCCGAGGGCGGUGCCCAGAACCUCAACAGGGCGACGUGGGAGGAGGCGGCGCCCGAGCGCGGAGCUCGGCGGGGGAACAAAGAGGAGCCAGGAUGGGGCGGCGCGCUUCCUGGGUGUCGGGUGACAGGUCGGCUGGGGGAGGCCCUGGCCCGGCCACCUGAGGAGGAGCCGCCUCUGCGCACAGAGGGCAGAAGAGAAACAGGGGCCCCGGAGCCCGAGGAAAGGGUGCGCGGGGUGCCCUAGACCGCGCGGCUGCACUCAGACCCGCGGGCUCCGGCGCAGAGGUGCAGGGGCUCGACAGCGCGGAGAUAAUGACUCUGAGAAGGUUUACCGCCCCCUGAGCCCCGCCCGUUCCCCGCGCCGCGCCAUUGGUUCAGGUGCCGUGAGGCGGGGGAGGGGCAGGGGGCGGGCCCGGGAUGAUUCACCUUGACUGUGGCUCGGGUUGGUGCACCGCGCAGGGCACGCCCGACCCGGACUGCAGAGACGCUGAGAGGCCCGCCUGCUCACCCUACCCGGCCGGGUCUGGCCUCUAGGGGUCUCGUCGCCCGCCUGCUAGCCCUGCCUCCUGCCCUCAGGCCAGGGUGCCGCUGGCCGAGGUGCGCCCCGACGCCCUGCCACCCCACCGCUCUCUGAGCCGGGAACUAGACGAGCAUCCUUGAACACCGGCGCUCCCUCCCUCCAUACCCGCCCCCCACCGCCGCCCGCAGCUGCUUCGGCGCCCUUCUCAGUCCCAGCCCAGCCUGGCCUUUCCCAAACAGCAACCACAGUUCAAAACCAGAUUAAAAUAAAACGUUAAUCCGCCCUCCUCCCUUUUAUCUCCUAGUUCUCCCUAUCGACCCCCGUAGAGGGCAGCCGAGAAGCCCCUAAAAAGAAGGGUUCUUAGCCGAUGCCUCACCAAAUCUAAAGUGCUCUUGUAUUAAGACUGAAGACCGUUAUCACCCUGUCCUGGGCUGGAGAGAAGCGAGGAAGCGGUGGUAAUGAGGGGCGAGGGACUCUACAGACCCCACUACCCCGGCGCCCGCCAAGCUGGGAGGGGCCGAGAGUGUUGGUGUGGAUUCGAACCCUUCAAUAGGUCCGACUCUUGGUCGGGGCGUGCUCCGGCCCUAGACGUCGCUGCGGGAGUAGGAGGCGAGACUCCCACCCCAGGCAAGCUGGCCCGGCGGGCCUCGGUGUCCCUCUCAGCGCAGCCAGAGAUGGGGCGCCAGGACCCAGACGGGGGAGAUCAAGGGCAAGGCACAGGGCCCAACAGGCCUGACGGGUGGCGGUAGUUCCAUACUAUCCCUUCCCCGGCCCUCACGUCUUCCCCCGUCAAGCCAAGUCGCCCUGAACUUCCUUGGCUGAGUCCCCACCUGCUCCCUACCUGGUCCCUGAGGGGCGUGGGAUGGUGGGUGGUAGGGGCACGAUGUGCCAGGGGCAAAGCCGGAGCUCAGGCCACGCUGGCGGCUAGUGGCCCCCGCGGCCUGUCGCUCCCACUUUAUAGCGCGCGCCCCGCCCCUCGGGCUCCGUAUGUCCCGCCCGGGCCCAUUCACCUGCUGUUGAGAACUAGACACCGCACAGCGCAAAGCGAGCCACCGGGUGGCCGCGCGGUCCGGCCGUCGGGGCCGGCAGGGUGGGGGCGCCGCGGAGACGGAUCCAGUUUCCACCUUUUCUUAAAUGCGCUGCUGAAAGUCGAGACGGCCCCGGCCUCGGGAGCCAGCGCUGCUUUCUCCCCUGUGGCUCCGUGCGCACCCCGACGCCCCCGACCCCACAACGGGAGGGGCUGCGAAACUGCACCCGCAAGGGCCUCAUACAUAUUUUAGGGAGCAGGCCCAGCCUGUAACCAGAGCUGCACCGGGACGGUGAGGGGGCGGCCCCCGGGGACCCGAUACCACGGAUACCUUUCAACUUGGUGCUCUGGCGGGGAGGACGUGGCUCAGGACGACCUCAGAGCCUCACAGCUGCCCUGUCCCAUGCACCCUAUGCCCGCCUGCAUUCUGCCCUUCCUCAGCAGGUCCGACGUCUGUCUGCUGGGCGGUGGCAUCCUCCUCCCCUAGAGACCCUUUCCUCCUCACCACCAACAUCCCACUCUGCUUGGAGUCGUGCACCCACUACACUUAGUUUUGGGUUCCUUGACCCUUGGGUCAGGCUUAGGAAGGCCUCUAAGCCUUUAGGAAGUCCUGCCUUUGUAGUCUAACCUGCGAGAGUCGGCGACUCUCGCUCCGUCACUGAGCACUGGUUCUUUCUCGCCCUUGGUGCCUUGGCUCGUCUCUCUGACCAUCUUAAUUCUCUCCCGGCCCCGACCCCGCUGCCCUCCAAUCCUCCACCCUCUCUCUUUCCGUGGCAGUCUCCGUUGCGCUGAAGAUAUUGCUAGAAGUCAUCAGCUCUCGGUCUCCCCUCCCUUCCCACUCUAGCGGCAGAGCUGGGGAGGGGGGUGUCUGUGAUGCAGUGUGGUCCACCAACCCCUUCCGCUCCCCACCUCCCCCGCCUCCACCUAGACCCGCCCGGGCGGCAGCAGUUCUGCCAUUGACCUCGCUCAGACCGGUGGAGACCCCGAGCUGACCCGGGCUCCAGGCCCCAUGACACGCGAAAUUAGCAUUCCCCAGUGAUUCAAGGCCCCGGGUUCGGGUCCUCCCGCGCUCCAGUUACCAGCCGCGCGAUCUCCAGCCCUCACUUCACUACUCAGAGCCUCAGUUUUGCAAAUGGGUAGAGUGACUUCCACCUCUCGGGAGAAUAAGAAGAAUGCACUCUGCGAACUACAGAACCCUCAUUAUCGCUGCCAGGGGCCCUGUAUCCGAAUCUGCUUGACGUCCUUCCGGGGCCUGCUCCCUGCCGCUGUACCCCAGACUCCGGUGCUGCCCCUAGAGAUCUCGCUACCACUCCAACCCACCCACCGCCUGGGCCACCAUGCUGGGGGUCCCGGUCUGCUCAGGGGAGCCUCAGCACUGUCUUUUGUUUAGCCCGGACCCCAGCCCUCAGUGCUUUGUUGUAGAAUCUAUAAGUGCCUCGAUCGACACUCACAGGGGUGUCCAAACCCAACUAAGCCCCCGACGUUUUCGAAAAACGGUGUGUGUGGGCGUCUCUGCGUUUUUCUUCCAGCAACGCGUGGCCUCGGUACCAUUCUCAAAGAACUCGGAACCCCGGAGGCUUAGCUCCUGCUGCGGGGGGCGGGGAGUAUAGGAAACGGUAGGGAUAGAUCGAGAAAAACAGAAACUGACAAAUGAAAGGCGAUCCUGUCAAUAGGAUUCUACCGAGCUCUUAAAACGAGUGAGGAAAAUAUAUAAAGUCGUUAUAUAUCCUGUAAAUAUCCUGUACGUUAGGUGAAAAACGCAAAAGACACAUGGGCUCUUGUUUGUGUAAAAACAUAACUGGGCGGAGGAGUUUGGGUGUCCGGUUUUUUUAAUGCACUAUAGUCUCCCACCGGAGACGUAAGACAGCAAAUAGCGGUGGCUUCCAUGUAGAUCUGGGGGCCGUUGGGCAGGAGACUCUUUGCUGCACGUCCUUCUGGACUGUUUGGAGUAUGUGUGUUU